CAGCUAGCUACAUCGAUAGAACACAAAGAGCUCAUCACAUCUUUCUAGUUCACCGGCCGUUGUCGAGAUGAAGCCCGCCGCGCAGCCGGUCACCGGCGUCCCCAUCGGCGGUGCCCCCGCACCAGCCGCCUGGUCGUCCGGCCUCUUCGACUGCUUCGACGACUGCGGCCUAUGUUGCCUGACGUGCUGGUGCCCUUGCAUCACGUUCGGGAAGGUGGCGGAGAUCGUGGACAGGGGCUCGACGUCGUGCGGCACCAGCGGCGCGCUGUACGCGUUGCUGGGGUCGCUCACGGGGUGCCACUGGAUCUACUCCUGCACGUACAGGUCCAAGAUGCGCGCCCAGUACGCGCUCCCGGACGAUCCCUGCUGCGACUGCUGCGUCCACUUUUGCUGCGAGCCCUGCGGCCUCAUCCAGCAGUACAAGGAGCUCAAGGCCCGUGGAUACGACCCCGACAUCGGCUGGCACCUCAACCUUGAGCGCGGCAACGGCGGCACCGGUGCUGGCGGCGUCAACCCGCCCGGCAUGCAGGAGAUGGGCCGCUAGCUCGUCAAACUCUGCCGUACGUGUGAAUGGAUGAUCGAUCGAUCGAGUGUUGCUGGUGCUUGGUAAA